GUGGCAGACUGGCAGCUGCCGAUACUGCAAGAAAGUCCCAACCCCGCAAAAUCAAAGUGAUGUGCACUGGGGAUGGGCGGAAAGUUUCCGAGUGCGGAAUCUGGGCCACUCGAUUGUUAGUUCCCUAGGCUGAUCUACCCCGGCUUUUCUCGGUCUGGGGUAAAUCUUCCAUAGCCUCUGGCACAGGGAUUUGGCCUUGGUUUUUUUGUAGGCACGCCUGUACAACGGAAACAUUCCUCGCCAGAAGAAGAGGACGGCACUGCAGGAAGUAUCACGUGGAAUACCAUCAAUGCGCAGCUAUGUUAUAAUAGAUCCGAAAUCCAUCAGCUGAGUCGAAUCUUCAUCCCUUCAACCAUUCCGACAGUGAGGAUUGAUUACAUCAAUCUUUGAUCAUCAUGGCUAUUGCAGCAGCCCUAUUAUCUCUUCUGGACAGCAUUAUCCAGUCGCCUUUGCGGGCGCUGACAGUGUUGAUCCUCACGAUCCCUAUCAUCUAUAUCAUCCUGAACGAGCUCACUCGAGCGUCUGCAAGAGUGCCUGGACUCAAGGGUCCCCGUGGCUUACCACUUAUCGGAAACCUCGCUCAGAUCCGGAAGAACGCUGCAGAGCAAUAUCGCAUCUGGUCUAGAACAUAUGGACCAGUCUAUCAGAUUCAGCUGGGAAACAUUCCCGUGGUUGUUGUAAACUCAGCCGCGGCUGCGAAAACUAUUUUCGGGCAAAAUGCACAGGCCUUGAGCUCAAGACCAGAGUUCUAUACCUUUCACAAGAUCGUUUCGGAUACAGCAGGCACAACUAUCGGCACUUCUCCUUAUAGCGAGUCAUUGAAAAGGCGCCGCAAAGGUGCAGCCUCGGCGCUAAAUCGUCCUUCUGUGGAAUCCUACGUCUCUCACUUGGACGUGGAAUCCAAAGCCUUCAUCGAAGAGCUCAACCGUUACGGAAACAGUGGGAACACACCAGUAGAUCCCAUGGCAAUGAUUCAACGAUUGAGCCUGAGCCUAUCCUUGACCCUUAACUGGGGAGUGCGCGUGGCAUCCCAGGAGGAAGACUUGUUCGAUGAAAUCACUCAUGUUGAGGAGGAAAUCAGCAAGUUCAGGAGCACGACGGGUAACUUACAGGACUACAUCCCUCUUCUGCGGUUGAAUCCUUUCAGUGGGAACUCUAGAAAGGCUAAGGAAAUGAGAGAUCGCCGAGACAGGUAUCUCAACGCAUUGAACCGGGACCUGGAUGAGCGAAUGAGGAAAGGUAUACACAAUUCUUGUAUACAGGCGAAUGUCAUCCUCGAUAAGGAAGCAAAGCUCGAUGCAGAUGAGCUCAUCUCAAUCAGCUUAACAAUGCUAUCAGGGGGUCUCGAUACUAUAACCACGUUGGUGGCAUGGAGUCUUUGCCUCCUUUCGCAACGACCGGAUAUCCAGGACAAGGCCGCGAAAGCCAUCCAGGAACUGUAUGAUCAGGACAUGCCGCUUUGUGAUUCGAGAGACGAUCAGAAAUGCGCUUAUGUCGCUGCUCUUGUGAGGGAAUGCCUAAGAUACUUCACCGUCCUCCGGCUUGCACUUCCUCGAACAUCCAUCCGGGACAUAACUUAUAAGAAAACAGUCAUUCCAAAGGGUACCGUCUUCUUCUUGAACUCCUGGGCUUGCAACAUGGACCCCGAAGUCUGGAAAGACCCCGAGAACUUUCGACCCGAGCGGUGGUUGGAGCAACCAGAUGCCCCAAUGUUCACAUAUGGUAUGGGCUACCGUAUGUGUGCGGGCUCUCUCCUUGCGAAUCGGGAGCUAUAUCUGGUUUUCAUGCGCACCUUGAAUAGCUUCAGAAUCGAGCCGGUUGAUGAGGUCGACUGGCAUCCUGUGAGAGGCAACUCGGACCCCACUAGCCUUGUGGCGAUACCCAAAAGGUACAGAGUUAGAUUUGUGCCGAAAAACAGGGCAGCACUUGCAGCAUCGUUGGCUCGUUGAUCGAGACCAUGCCUGGUGGCCGGCAUUUGAUCGACUCGGGUCUUUUCAGAAAAAAACGUUACCCAUCAUGGAUUUCUAGUUGCCAUUCAAUGCUCUAUAGCAUGCGCCCAAUAAAAG